ACUCCCGGGCUGAGGAUAAAAGCCAGCGGGGCCAACAGUGUGCUUACUGUGCGGGCUUGGCCGGGCGAGGGCAGCUCAGUGCACCGGGGACAGAUCGCGACGCAGAAGGACACCCACCCAGAGGGCGUUGGCGCACCAUGGAGAGCGGAGUCACAUAUGAAGAUUACGAAGAGACUGCAAACUGGCUUCUGUCCCACACCAGCCACCGACCUCAAGUGGCAGUGAUCUGCGGUUCUGGGCUAGGAGGGCUGAUUAACAAGUUAACCCAGGCCCAGGUGUUUGACUAUAGUGACAUACCACACUUUCCCCGGAGUACAGUCCCAGGUCAUGCCGGUAGACUGGUGUUUGGGUUCCUGAGUGGCAGGGCCUGUGUGAUGAUGCAGGGCAGGUUCCACAUGUACGAAGGCUACCCUCUCUCGAAGGUGACAUUUCCAGUGAGGGUUUUCUGCCUUCUCGGUGUGAACAUUCUAGUCGUCACCAAUGCCGCUGGAGGACUUAACCCCAAGUUCGAGGUUGGAGAUAUCAUGCUGAUUCGUGAUCACAUUAACCUCCCUGGUUUCUGUGGUCAGAACCCCCUCAGAGGACCCAAUGAAGAAAGGUUUGGAGUCCGUUUCCCUGCUAUGUCUGAUGCCUAUGACCGAGACAUAAGGCUUUUGGCUCACAGCACCUGGAAACAAAUGGAGAAUCAGCACCGAGAACUCCAGGAAGGCACCUAUGUGAUGCUGGCAGGUCCCAACUUUGAGACUGUGGCAGAGUCUCGCCUCUUGAAGCAGCUGGGAGCAGAUGCUGUUGGCAUGAGUACGGUUCCAGAAGUGAUCGUGGCAAGGCACUGUGGACUUCGAGUCUUCGGGUUCUCUCUCAUCACUAAUAAGGUCAUCAUGGAUUAUGACUCUAUAGAGAAGGCCAACCACGAAGAGGUGCUAGAGGCUGGGAAACAAGCUGCACAGAAGCUAGAAGAGUUUAUCUCCAUUCUUAUGGAGAACAUUCCACAGGGCGGAAGUGCCAGCUAACCAGGCCUGGAAUGCUCUUGCUUCUGUCUCCCUUAUGAGAUCCGAGUGACUGCUGCCUGCUGCCUGCUGCCCUUGGGGAAGAGCAGAAGGAAGAGGCAGAUCUCCCAUCCUCCAUCUUCCUCAUUUCAGCCACCUGACUCAAAUGGUGCCUAGUCCUCUCUUGAGAAACUGUCUUCUCAAAACUUUCCACCUCUGUUCUUCCCCAAGAACCAGAGCCCAAGCCCUACACACAUUUGUAGGUAUCCUGAGCUGAACUUGGCACAGUACCUACUAUUAAUAGUUUUUUGAGUUGAUUCUCUCACAUUCCUGGGGGCUCAGUUCUGUCUCCCCAAAAACACUGGAGACCACACAAGGACUAUCCCAAUACCUCAUGAACUUUAAUGUUAUCACAUAUUAAGAAUAAAAAGCAAGAUGAGAUGA